CCAUUCUGUAUCUCGGUUUCAUCUUCUCCCGAUUCCCGUGUCACAUUUGGAGACGGUCCUGAUGCGAUUGUUCUGUGAGAUGUCGAAGGACAAAUUUGUGUCGUCACCACUUUCUGUGGAUUCCUUUUCCCACCCACUCACAAGAUCGGAUCUGUCUCAGCAUGGAUCUGGGGGAAACAUCACGUCCACAAUCGUAUGGUGUUUGCUAGCAAAGACAUGGUGCAUGUACGAGUCAUGGCUCUGGCGUCUGCUUGGAAGACAAGGCAUCUUGUCACUUGCGUCUCCGUCAUAUGAGCUAACUUUAGCAUGAUUUCAUCGCUUGUUCCUACAGGUAUUCUACGAGUAUAAGACGACCUCACCUCUGUUCUAUUGAUCUGGUUUGAGAUACUACAAUGACCACCAUUUUCAACCCAUCCAUACUACGGGCCUUUUGCAAAUCAAGCAAACCCAGAUCAAUUUUGUCCAUACAUCCUCACGUAUUUGGAAGAAACAUCCACGCCAGCACCUCAUUCAAAAUGCCCGAAGCACUAAAGAAAGGCGAAGUCGACGCCGGCAAUGACCCCGCAGUCACAAAGCAAUUCGACAGUGAAACGCCCAAGGACGUUCAAUUUAAAGAACUCUACGACCUGAUCGACGGCCAGAAGAUCGGUAUGCUUAGCACGUACCGCAAGAACGUCGGCUUCGUGGGCCGAUCCAUGGCCGUUGCCAAACGCUCGGGACCCGACAUUUUGUACCUCACCAACAAGGACUCUCAAAAAUUCGAGGAUUUGAAAUCCAACAGAGAAGUGCAGAUUGUUUUCCAGGACACCAAAACGCAGGAUUGGAUCAGUAUUUCUGGCGAGGCGACGACGGCGAGUAAUGACGAUCCGAGGAUCAAGGAACUUUAUAGUAGUACAGUCAGUGCUUGGUUCGGCGAUCUCAAGGACGGGGUUCAUGAUGGCACGUGGAAGGACCCGAGAAUGAGUUUGAUUGAGGUCAAGUCGAAGCAUAUUGUUUAUUGGAAGAAGGAGGUCAGCACGCUGGGAUUCAUGAAGGAGGUCGGACAGGCGGCAUUGACGGGCAGCGUGGCCCAGACGGGUGCGCAGAGGGAGUUGACUGGGAGUGAUAUUGAGAAGGAGAGGGUCUGAGAAUCAAAGCCGGCGAGGGUGUCUGGAGAAGUAGGGGUGACUCGCCGGCGUCCUCGGAGAGUGACGAUGGAUGCAUCACCAGGAUGGCAUCCUUUCUUUCCGCCGUCGCAUAUUGAAAUACCAUAGUUCUCAGCGAUGAACCAGUUAGCUGGUGUCAAGCAUGUUGUCGCAUAUUUUAAGGAGGUCUCGAUAUUGUUUUUCAGAAUUCUGGAGCAGCUGAAAUACUGCUGAACGUGAUACCGGCAAGGCUCCGAGUGUGCAGAUUAGUCUGCAAGACUGAUAUCCGCUGCGGUCCCACGUGCGACCAAAUGGCUGGACGAAGUGAAGGAAACCAAAACGCCACUCCGGGUCAAAAAGAUCGUUAUUUCGCAGGGGGAAAACACCGAUCUGGUCUAGAGCCUUGGCGGGGCAGCUCGGUACAGUACCUGUAAUUAGGAGACACACGUGACAGGGGUCGAGAGCGUCUUUUUGUUGGUUGGCGG